GCAAGGGUCACAGCGGUACUGGAUGUUUCCGGGGCUCGGAGAACGAGUCGCGGGUGCCAAAGCGGGGACUCGAGUUGGGUGGAAAGAAGAAGCCGGUGGGCAUCACGUGUCACAUCACCGGGCCUUCUCUUUCCGCACCCGACUCUCCUUCUGACGGCGAUGUCCCGAAAACAUCUCCCGCUAGUCGAGCUUGAAGUCGCGACACUCGCAUUUGCGGCCAUCAACGCGCUCACAUGGCUUCUCUGGCUUGCGAAGCCGCUCGACGUCCGCGACCCCCUCACGAUCCCCCUGAAAACCUGCGAAUGCCACAAUCAUCAUGCUCCUCCAUCCAAUCCCACCAGCAUCAACCGGUACCGACAGUACUUGAACUCUGUCCUGUUCAGCUCGUACUAUGUCGACUUCGACCCUUGCUCUGCCACGCACCUCCCUACGUUUUGGCGGGGCCCGAUUGAUGCAAAAAUUGUGCUGAGCGAUAUGCUGCGCAUCGCAUCAGUGCAAUUUCUCUGUAGUGUGCUCUUUGGCGGCCUCCACUGUCUUGCAUGGGCUGCAGUUUUUCCGUCAACCACCGAGCAGCGAUUGUGGCGCGUGUCCGCAGUGCUUGUCACUGUUCUUCCGGUCUUCCUGAUACUACUGUUCUUGUCGCUACCGUGGCCCGUUGACAGGGCAGCGGUCCUGUCGGGGACAUUGCCUUAUAAUAUGAUACUGCUGCGAGGCUUGCUCAUUCAUCUGGCCAUCCCCGUGUACUGUGUCGCCAGGAUCAUUCUGAUCGUCUUGUCCCUGUCGACACUCCGCUCGCUGCCCCCCCGCGCGCUUGUCGACGUCAACUGGAGUGGAUAUAUUCCGCACUUAUAA